AUGGCGGACAGAUCGUUGGAGCUCACACUAAUAUCUGCAAAAGGACUCAAUAAAAUCAAUCUCGUCGGAAAAAUGGAUGUUUACGCCGUUGUUUACAUCAGCGGCGCCGGGAAUCAAGAUCAGAAGCAGAAAACCCACGUUGAUAAGGAUGGAGAUUCAAAUCCUACAUGGAAUUAUCAGAUGAAGUUUAAGAUCGAUGAAUCUGCUGCGUUACAGAACCGAUUGACGCUUGUUGUUAAGAUCAAAACCGAAGGGAUGUUCGGCGAUAAGGAUUUGGGGGAAAUUCAUGUUCCGAUCAAGGAGCUUCUCGAUGGCGCGUUGACCGGAGGUAAGCCGUUACAGUUUGUUAGUUAUCAGGUGAGGAAACCCUCAGGUAAGCCAAAAGGUGAACUCAGUUUUUCGUAUAAGGUUGGGGAGAAACCCGCCGGCGUUGGUAAAGUGGACGAACCAGUAACGGCUUAUCCUGCCGGAAAACCUAAUAACGUGGAUGAGCCUGUGACGGCUUAUCCAGCGGAGAAGCCUAACAAGGUUGAUGAGCCUUUUACCGCUUAUCCAAGUUAUCCCGGAGCGAAGCCUAAUAAGGGCGAUGACGCUGUUACAGCAUACCCUGCGGUUGCUUCUGGAUCUAGUUCGAUGUAUCCACCGCCUUAUGCGGCGCCAUCUGGUGCAUCUUCUGGACCUUACCCACCACCCGCCGCCGCUGCUUCCGGACCUUACCCACCACCCGGUGGUGCUACUGGAUACCCACCAGCCGGAGGUGCGUAUUAUCCGCCCCCUGCCGGAUACCCUCAACCACAGACUGGAUACCCUCAACAACAGGCUGGAUACCCAUAUCAACAACAACCGAGUUACGGUGGUUACCCUCCACCACCUCCCGGGUACGGUGGCUAUCCUCCUCAACAGGGGUAUGGGUACCCGCCGGUGCAGCCACCACAACAGGCUAAGAAGAAAAACAAAUUCGGUAUGGGGUUGGGAGCUGGAUUGCUGGGAGGUGCAUUGGGAGGUUUGUUGAUCGGAGAUAUGGUGUCGGAUGCUGCUGACGGCGGCGGAUGCGGUGGUGGUUGUGGCGGCGGCUGCGGUGGAUUUUAA